AUGGCGCGUGGAUGGUUUGUCAAUUGCGCCGCUGUCCUCUUGGCCUUGACCGCCGGAGUCGACGCGUACAGUGUCCCCGCCCUCUCCGCUCGCGCCAAAGACAGUGGUCCCAAGGCCGUCAACAUCAGCGUGCCUGUCGAUCACUUCCACAAUGAGACCAUCUAUGAGCCUCACUCUGACAAAAAGUUCCCAUUGAGAUAUUGGUUUGACGCGCAGUACUACCGAAAGGGCGGUCCUGUCAUCAUUCUCGCGUCGGGCGAAACUUCAGGCGAGGACCGAAUUCCCUUCCUCGAGCAUGGCAUUCUCCAGAUGCUCGCCAACGCCACCGGCGGUAUCGGCGUAAUUCUAGAGCACCGUUACUAUGGAACCAGUUUCCCUGUGCCAGACUUGAAGCCUGAGAACAUGCGCUUCUUGUCAACCGAGCAAGCCCUUGCCGACACGGCCUACUUUGCGCAGCAUGUCGAGUUUCCCGGCAUGGAGGAGCACAAUCUCACUGCUUCCACCACCCCUUACAUCAUCUACGGUGGCUCCUACGCUGGUGCAUUUGCUGCUUUCGCGCGCAAGAUCUACCCCGACCUUUUCUGGGGCGGCAUCUCCUCUUCCGGUGUCACCGAAGCCAUUGUUGAUUACUGGCAGUACUUUGAGGCCGCACGUCUCUUUGCGCCCGGCGACUGUGCCAAGGUCACGCAGAAACUCACCCACGUCGUCGACAACAUCCUUCUCGGCGACGACAAGGAGGAGAAGAAGCAGCUCAAGAUUGCUUUUGGUCUUCUCGGUCUUCGAGAUGAUGACUUUGCCACGACAAUCUCCCAGGGUAUUGGAAGCCUGCAGAGCAACAACUGGGAUCCUGCGUCCGACUCUUCCAGCUUCGGUCUGUACUGCGGCAGUGUCUCUUCCGACGACAUUCUGUUCGCGAGCACUCGACCUCUCGCGCCUUAUGUCAAAAAGUGGCUCAUCUCCGCCGGUUACAAGAAGCAGCUCAAGUAUAUGACAAACCGUUUCCUCAACUACAUCGGCUACAUCAGGUCCAACGUUGAGAGCGACAAAUCAGGACGCUGUGACGGAAAGACACUAGAUCAAUGCUACUCCAUCCGUGGGUCAAUGAACGAUACCAAGCUUGACCCUAACAACAUGUCGCGCCAGUGGACAUACCAAACUUGCACACAAUGGGGAUACUGGCAAACUGGAUCCGGUGCACCAAAGGACCAACUUCCCAUAGUGUCCCGUCUCAUCGACGUCGAGUACAACACAAUUCCCUGCCGUGAAGAAUUUAACAUCACGACUCCCCCCAACGUUGAAUCCAUCAACAAACUCGGCGGCUUCAACUUCAGCUACCCCCGUGUAGCCUUCAUCGACGGCGAGUAUGAUCCUUGGAGGGCUGCUACCCCUCACGCUAUUGGCUUGCCGGAGAGGGAGUCCACCGCCAGCGAGCCUUUCAUUCUGAUCCCGUACGGUGUGCACCACUGGGAUGAGAACGGUUUGGCUCCUGGUAGCGAGGAGAUCGGACUGCCUCCUCCUGCUGUCAAACAGGCACAGCAAGAUAUCAUCGAUUUUACCAAGGCUUGGUUGGAGGAUUGGGAGAAGGAGAAGGGAAGCGCUACUGCAGACCUGUAG